AAUUCUCUGAGUACUAAUACUCUAGCUAGCUAGCUAGUGGUACGACGUACCCGGAUAAAAACUUCUGGAAGGAGCGACCGUCUCGCAUCAGCAGCACCCACAACAGCGCCUAAAAGAAUCCAAUCCAUUCUUUUGGUGACUUGUCACUCUGUUGCGUGUACAUGUACAUGUAGUAGAGCCGUGGUGGAGAUGUUGAUCACCCCCAUCAAUUUUGAUCGCCCUGUGGGUGCUACCGCUGAUGUUGCAGAACUAGAAUACAUCUCGGCGUUAAUGCAAACGGAGAAGCUCUUUCUGAGGCAGGAUGGAUCUCUGACAGGCAGAGAUAUCCACUUUUAUUUGAAGAGUCGCCACGGUGUUCGAGUUCCCGUAGAAGAAAUUGAGCGAGAAAUCAUUUGCCAGAUGGCUUGUGUCUUCCGCCCUGGAAGCAAGCAUCACAUUUCGCAAUCAUCCCACGUCACCAAGAAAAAUGGGGUUGCGAAUACUGUCAAGGUGGAUGCUGGGAGGAGCACCACUGGCGAAUUUUUUGAUUGCAUCAUGGAAGAUGCGGAACUCCAGCCACCAACAGAGCACUCUCGCCAACCCAAAGCAGGAGCACAACGAAGCAUGGGCAUGUCCAAGAGAGUCAUGGCUCUGAGAGUUUCACAAGCAAUCAGCCAAGAAGACUACGAAAAGUACAAGCAGUACAAGCACCAACAAUUAAAGAUGAUUCGGGAGGAAGAGGAUGGCAAUGGUAGUACAGAUGACACUGAUGACGACGACACUGAAACAGAAGAACUGAAAAUGAACUUGAUUCGGAUUGCUAGCUUGCUUUUUAUCCCCAAGCUGAGGCAAGCUCGAGUUGAUGCUGAUAAGGGUGUGGAAACUGAUCAGGUGGAUGUUAUUGAUGUGUUUUUGGCCAUUAUACUGGCAGAAACCGGCCUCAAAUAUGAUCAAGAAAUCACACUGGACGUACUGCUCCAUAUACUUUCUUUCGGUGACAACAGGCGCAAAGAGGGCAAUGAAUUUACUGACAGCCUGAUGGAGACGGCGCUGGCGUCACAUCCUCAUGCUAAACCCAGGAUGAACAAAGAAACGAUCUUGCGAGUACUGACAGAUGACAUUGAGGCUUAUGAUGUGGACUUGGAGAAUACCAAAGAAACGACCUUUGACGAGGUAAACUCAAUGGAGGGAAGCGACAAAUCGAAACUACGAAGAAUAUACACUGCAGGCAACAUUGAUGCCAAUGCGGACACCUAUCGAAGCAAGACAUGGACUAUUGUUGCUUGGUAUGCCAUAGUGGUGAUACUGGUGGCCUAUCUGUUCAACGGGGUAUCACCUAUUUACAACUGGCAACCAACGGACUGCACUACCACUGAAUACCAGGUGUCAUGUGCCGUAUUGGUAGCUACCCAGCACUGGCUCGAGGUGUUUGUCUCCUUGUCCAUUGUUGGGUUUCCAUUCUUGUUCUUGGCCAAUCUGGGUAACUCGGUGUACCUGGAUCGAAAGCAAGACAAGAACAAGGUCGCAGCUCUAAUCUGCGUUGCAAUCCUCAGCACAGCUUUGUACGUAUUUGUGCCCUUCUUCCACAGGGCAGAUUUUGGCUUUUUUCACUCGGAUCCGACCGUCAUUCCACCGGAAGAAAAUGACGGAUCAGUGCAACCAAACAAUAGAGCGUAUCUGGGACCCAUCGCAGUUCUGCUAGGGUUUUUUCUCAUAUUUGUCCAAAUGAUACAGCUGAUGCGACUGACCAUACCCGGGCAAAUGGGACGAUCGUGCAAGAAUUCCUCUUCGACAAUGAGAGCUGCAUUUGAAUGGAAAAAGGCAGCUAAUGUGAAAGUGGACCAGGCUGUUUUGAAUGCCAUUCGGUGCCAUGUGGAUACCACCGGUGUCAGUCCAGCAAAUUGGCAAAGUAAGAGCUCGAUUGGUGGCUCAGUAGGCAAGAUAUCCGCUGCGAUCACACGAUACAACCAGUCAUUUACCAAACGAGAGCAAACAGGAGGCAUUCUCUGGACGUGGAGGAAAAUUCGUGACCGCACUUUGUUCUAUGAAGAGGGCAUAUACAUAUGGCCAAGGCUGGUAGCUAGCAAUAUUGCCCAGUGGCUUGCAGCUCUCAUCAUCGUGGGUGCCUUUGCAUUUGGUUUGUCUGUUCUGACCAAGGAGGAAGAGGUUGCACCUGAUCUACUGUCCAAUGAAAAGUUUAUCCUUGUGCUUGCUGUCGGGUUCCCACCAGCAGUUCUCGCGGCAGUUUCAACUAGUUUGAUCUAUGUUCCCUCUGCAGUGUCCAGUAUUCUGAAGUACCGUUGCGGAGAAAUACGCAGCCUUGACGAUCGAAGGUUUCUGCAGAAUCGGUUUGCCAUGGACUCGACCAAUCUCUUGUUCGGCGCAGCCUUUUGGACUUGCUUGUGUUCUUCAGCUGCCUUUUAUGCCCUUUUCAGUGUCUUUACGUUCUUGUGCUUAUAUGCUGAAACCCAACAAAUGAUGAUUCGAUUCACUGCCAACUGUAUUGGGAUGCUGAUAACGAUGAUACUCAAACAGGUGCUGAUGUUGUUCAUACGAAGCCGGUGGAGUCGAGGGUACUAUCGAAGCCGUCCCGCCGUUGUCAACAUUAGCAACACAAUUCAGGAAGUGUGGAAUCUUGGACUAACUACGUUUACAGCUCUUGUUCGCGGCCUCAAGUUUAUGGCAAUCUUCCUUCUCUACUUGGGGCGAAUUGACAGAGAAGUGUUUGCUCCCGGCGUUGGAUGGUUCAGGGAUGAUAUACCAUUGGAUGGGUUGCCACAUUGCUUUGCCCGUGAUUUACUGCUGCAUGAGGCGCAUCGCCAUCCUCUGAUUGAAAGACUCGGCCUCCUGUUCAUGAUAAAGCUACGGAAAGGGUCUGACUUUGGAACUCGUGGGGGUGCUGCAUGGCGUGUCCUCUUCACAGGAACCCUGAUGCCGUGGCUGCGAAAGUAUGGUGGUAACUUGGGUGCUGUGUGGAACAAUUCUCGCAGUGCCGAGGAGCACCGAUCGGCACUCUCUGGACUUUCCAAGGAUGCUUUGGUUGAGAACUUGUUGGUGCUAGAGGACAACUAUAAACAAAUGGCGGAACAAAUGAAAAAGAUUGGUAACCGAGCCAGGAUCUUGAGACCAAAGACCGGAAGUGAAGAUGAAGUUUUUGCGGUGGAGGAAGAAGAGGACGACUGUGGACCUUUACUAGAAAACUAUCUCAAAGAGCAUGAAGCUGAGGAACCUCCCGCUUUGACACCAGAGGAGAGACCAGUGGUUCAGUUGACCAGAAUCACCGGUGGAACAUUCGAUUGAUUGAGGCUUCCAACUUUAGAAGUCGCAUGCAGCCCAGAUUGAUUCCUUCAUUCAGCUGCCACAGGGCCGGCGAAAGAUUAUUGCACGGGGCAGUGCAACGAACGAUAGUAGCCUCCGAUUAGUAUGUCGUAGUUAAAACACUGGUGCUCUUCCACUCGACUGAUCCGCAGUGCGCUACAGGAAAACCUGUUGCAUGCGAUACCAAUCG